AUGGAUGAGGGAGGUGAAUGGAGAACUUUCGGCGACUCUAACAAAGCAGAUCCAUCACGUGUGGGUAGUGCAAACAAUCCGUUUCUAGAAUCGGAGCAACUCGACACGAUGAUUUCAUCCUCAGGUGGAUCGAAUGCCUAUACACUUAAAGGAUCCAUUGGUGCUUGUCUUUACAUUGCCUGUAAGUUAGAAAAUUGCCCAAGAACUUUUAAGGAAAUUAGUGUGAUUACCUCCGUGCAGAAAAGAGAAAUUGGCCGCUGCUAUAAGAUUAUAUCAAAAGAGAUCGAUUCGAAGGGUAUUAUGGCAACUGGGGAUAUUGUGGCGAGAUUCUGUUCUGACUUGAAUUUGGAUCUAAAAAUUCAGCGUGUGGCUGCCACUGUUUCUAGAAAUACUCAGGAGAAUGGUUGUCUUACUGGACGCAGUCCCGAUUCGAUUGCAGCAGCAAUAAUAUAUCUUGUGCUAUAUCUAUUUCCUGAAUCAAAAGAUGCACAAAAAGACAUUCAGCACAUCACAAAUGUGACUGAAGUGACUAUAAAAAAUACCUAUAAAGAUUUGGUGGCUCAUAAGAACGAAAUUAUUCCGAAUGAUCUUGUAGAACCAUCACUUAUUGCCAAUUUACCUAAAACAUAA